UAAGCAAUGACAGGUCUGACGUUUGACAGCUUGUUGUUAUUGUCAUAGAGGACGAACUUCAAACUGAAGAAGGCCGGCGGGAAUCCAUUAUUUUUGGCAUUUUGUAGCAUGAGUCACAUCAGAGACUCCUCUUGAAGUCAUGGAAGCAGAUGACAGUGCAAGUGAGGAUGAAUGGACUAGUGUCAAGCGACGAUUCUCACAAGAGGGCUUGGACUGGGAAACACAAGAUCCUCACUCAAGAACCCUGCAGUUAUGGCGCCUUCUAGUAGAUGCUGAAGCCAAUCUUAAGGCUGCUAGGCAUAUGAACGACAAACUCCGAAGACAGUUUGAUGAAGAGAAAGUGGAACUUGGAGAGUACACAGAACAUCUUCGUUUGAAAUGCGAGGAAAGAGUAAAGGAGUUGGAUAAUGAAGUAAGGACAUUGAAGGAAGAUCUUGAAGCAUUGCUUGCAGGCACCCAAGCUGUAACUGCCAUGCUACUUAAAGAAGGACUAGAGGAUGUUGCUCAAGGUUCACUAGGAGAACAGAUUGCAUAUCUCCUUGUAGAACGGUCAAAACUUACCGAGGAACUAGCUGCAGCUAGGACUAAACCUGCAUCAGAUCGCGAGAAGGAACUGACAGGACAGCUCAUUAAGGUGAGCACUGACUUUGAGUUGCUGAAGAGAACACACCAAGAAUCUGAAGACCAGUUAAAUGAGAUGAAGGACCGCGUUUCUCUCCUGGAGAAAGCUUCUCGUCAGUUAGAGAUGGAUAAUGAAACUUUAGCCUAUAAGCUUUCUGAGGCUCUAGCCGAAAUUGAAGAUAACGAAGGACAACUUCGACGGUAUCUGAGGAAUAGUAGUAAUCUCAGACGUGAGUCAGUCAGUCAGCGCAUUCACGAUGAAUAUGGUCCUCCGAGCUUGAGAAGUCUGCCUCUUACUGAAUCCUCUUUAACAAGAGGGGAUUCACAUCGGAGGAGCUUACGCAGAAGGGAGUCCCUGAGAAAUAGUGGACGACAAAAGAAAUCAGAGCCUUUGAAGGCAGAGAGAGGGAAAUCUCCUCGGAACAGUGGCCGAAAACAGAGGUAUGGAAGCAGGUCUAGCAGUAUUGGCGGCGAUGGGGUCGAAGGCAAAGAUGCACUACCAUCUCUUGACUUAGGAGGUACCACAGGACCAGCAGGCACAAAAAGUCUUGAAGUAUGCGACACACAGCGCAGCAGCAUGAGGAGCUGUGGACCGUCACCUCAGAAACUCCACUCAUUACUUGAUGGUCAAAUUCAAAACUCUAAACAUCAGAUUUCGAUGUUAGAAGAAAUUAGGCAGCUACAGGGUGAAAUGGAAAAAACAAAGCAACACUUGGUUGAAUCAGGAGACAAGUAUGAGUUCAUUGUGAGGAAAUAUGAGUUGUACAAAAUAAAAAGCAAAAACAGGGUAGCCUCCUUGAGAUCAAAAUAUAUGUCAGAAAUUGAAGACUCCAAAAGAAGAAUUAAUCAUUUACAAGGUCAAGUGACACUCUUGGAGGACAAACUACAAGCUGAGGAGGCCUUACGGAAACAGUUAGAACAAGACUUGUCUUCUAUUAGAAAGGAAAGACAGGAAAUGGCUGUGAGGGUUAGAGAGAGUCAGAGAAGAAGCCAAGAUCAGAAUCAAGAAAUUAAGUUACUGAAAGAGAAGAUCGACCUCAUCCAAGAUGCCAAUUCUCAGCUUAACACUAAGCUUGAGGAGCUUAGUAUAGCAGCAAUGGUUGGAUGACAUGUUUAGUGCAGCAGUGUUCAGAAAUAAUUUAUGACUUGCACAAGACAUAUUUAGUCAUUACAAUUUUCUAUGGCAGUAUUAGGUUAAGUAAAAUGAUAUUUUAAAAGAAUACUAUACAGUAAACCCCCCGGAUUUGCGUUCUCACAAUUCGCAGACUCCACAAUACACAAAUUUCUUUAUGGAACAUAUAUAGUACACAUCAUUCACAGAAAAUUUGCCUAUUCACGGUAUUUUUCACUGAUAAAUAUUCACUUAAUUACUGUAUUUUCAUUUUUUCAGGACUAAAUGCAUUUUUUGUGUUAAAACUAUUUAAAAUACUUGGGUAUAAGCAUUUUUAGAGGUUUUUUUUUGUGUUUGAACAAUCAAAAUAGGCAGUUCUAAGCAUUUUUAGAAGGGUUUCAAGUAUUUGUGGAUUUUAGCAAUUCGCGGGGUGGGGGGAAUAAACAUCUCCCGUUAAUCCGGGGGGUCCACUACACCACAGUCUUAUAUGGAAGUUGCACUUGAAUGUCUGAAAGCUACAAAGAAUAGUUCAAAAAUUACACUACAGUUAUACUAAGUAAAUUAGCUUGCAGUGUACAGUUAGUAAAAACUGGUUUUCCAUGAAGUAAAUUUUCUUUCAUACAAAGCUGAGAUCUGAUGUGCGAGUUUUAUAUUCCGGGCUGAUAAAAAAAAAAAUGCAGUUGAUGGUAUAAUGUCAAGACAGCCUGGGCUGUUGCCUGAAACCUUAUGGGUUAAAAGAUCCAGUUCCAAUUAAAUUCUUCCAUUGUGCAUUUUAUACAUCUGUACUUAACUUUUCUACAUUUUUGUACACAAUUUUUUAUAAACUGUAAUAAAUAGGUGAAUAUUUUGGUACUUGGGCACAUGUGAAAACUGAAGAAAACUUAUAUUUAUAUAUAUUAUUUUAAUAUGAAAUGGAGUUUUUCAUAUACUUGCAUUUUACUUCAUAAAAAGGUAAUGUAUUUUUAAAAUGUUUAGGAAUAUUUACUUUUGCCAAUUUUACUUCAUAAAAGGUAAUGUAUUUUUAAAAUGUUUAGGAAUGUUUACUAUUACCAGAAUACUUCGCUGAUAACGUAAGGCAUCUUUACAUGGUAUGUUCCAUUUAAGUUAACCUUUUAAUGUGCAGUAAUAACCAAGAUUUUUAUGUUACUGUGAAUGAAUAAAUCCAAAAUACAUCAACUACCACCAAUCACUCUUGCUAUCAGUAUUCUAAAGUAGCAAGUUUUUGGAUAAGGAAGACAGCAGAAAGAUGUAAAUCUGUUCAAUCAAACUUACUUUUCAUUGACGAACAUAAACAUUUGUUGUAAACCCUUUUAUAUGAAAAAUUUAGUUAAUAAUAAAUUUACUCACAUUA